AUGGAACCCUUACGCCUCAAGCCACGCCUGCCGGCGGUCGACCUCGACAUCGAGGACUGGGACGAUGACGACUUCCAAAUCGAAUCCGACGACCUUACUUUCCGGACCGCAUCUACCGCCACCACCAAUGCCCCGCCACGUCGUGAUUCGGCGUCCUCCCACAUGUCCUUUCGCUCCGAACUCGAAUCGGUCAUUGACGAGGAGACCCAUGUACAUGUUCCCGGCGACGAUGAGAAGUCGACCAUGGACGCUAUAGCCGCAGCUACACAAGCCGGCAUUCCCAUACCCAAAAACGUACCUUCAUCCGCUCUCAUGGGCGGCACCAUCAAGCGACUGGGAGGAAGAAAGAUUAAGAAAAUUAUCCAGGACGAUUGGGAGGACGACUUGGUGCUACCGGAUUCAAAGGACGGACUUCGCAUCAAGCCUCAGGACGCUUCUAAGUUCCCCGAUAUGCUCAGGCAAGUUAGCGGGGGCUCCAGCCAAACCAGCCCGACGAAGCCUAUGAAGACCCCUCUUGCCCCGUCAUUAUUGGACCGAAGAGAGUCGACCGACCGCAGAGAGUCAACUGAAUCGAGGACGAGCACAUUAUCGGGUGCUAUCAACUUGGACAAGUUCCGAGACAACGACGAUGAUGACGACUUCUUCGGCGAUGGAUCGGAGACCAUCAAAGUAUCGAAGACACGGCCUCCGAAACCUAUUUCACUUAUCACUCCCCCGACGCCUUCCAAGGGCAACGUGAAGCCUUUGGAUGACGACUUCGAGAAUGACUUUGAGCUGCCUUCUGAUGGUAAGCUCAAGCUUUCUACUCGCAAAGACAUUCCGAAGACACCAUCAAACCAGGCCGAUGACUUGGACUGGGGUGAGGGCAGCCUCGGUACUCGUUAUGGAGGCACUCGACGAGACGCUCGCUCUAAUAGAAGCUCGUCCGUCUCGGCCAUGAGCCCCAGCGUAUCAAGUUCGUUCACCGCUGAGAGUGAGGAUGAAACGUUUGAGGGACUCGUGCUGCCAACUGGCCCUGUCAACUUCGAGGAGAGGCUGAAGAGGAGAAAGCUCAGCCGCUCGCCUGCCCGACCGGUUGAAGAAGAGCCACCGAACCUCAAGACGCCAAAAGCUGAGGUGGAGGGCGAAGACCUGCUGGAUGGCCUUGAUGUCGGCGACGGCGAUGUGUUCAACCCCGGCAAGCUCACACUUCACCACGGCCGUCUCCCUCACAUUUUCAAGCAAGCCAACGCCAUCUCGAUUGCCGCGGCCAAGUCAUGA